AAGAAUCGUACUUGUCGUCUGUUUCCCUCGUUUUUACCGAAAAGUAUGCCCGACGGUGAAAAACCUGUGAUACCUCCACCUCCCGCGAUACAUAUUGAACAAACUUUGGCGUUAAUCAAGCCAGACGCAAUCGACAAAAGCGAUGAGAUCGAAGAAAUAAUACUUCUUCAUGGAUUCACCAUUUUACAGGUAAUGUUUCUCAUAUCUUAAUUCUAUCGUGUUGUUUCUUGAGUUAAGUAUUCAGUAACACAAAAUUAUUUACUAUUACAACUUUCUAAUAUCUAUAAUGUUUCUAACCGUGGUUUUUCCGUAAAAGAACUUGAAUUAUCUAUAAAAAAAAUCCUUGCCUUGUAGUAAGUGCAAAAACAAAAACAGAUCACCAAAUAAUCUUUCGGCUAUAUGCACCACAGUUAAUGUACAGAUUGAGAUUAUAGGCUGUUUAACGAAAUACAGGCAACAAGUUCACAAUUUUGACAGUUUAAAUGUAAAAUAUAAUCACCAAAAGCGGAAAAGGCCGCAGACAUAGUUGUAUAUUAAAUUUGUACCCAUUCAGUUUUAAUUGCCAGCUGGAGGCGAACAUAAACGUAUACUUUUCAUCUCUAGCGAAGUUUAGACAAAAAUAAAAUAAAGCCUGCUGUGAUCUUUACUAACAGCAUAGCCAUACUUGCACAUUACCAAUAUGUACAGACAGUUGCCUGUGAAUAAGGAGUGCCCUUCCCCCCCCCUCACCCCCACGUACACACACCCACUUACCAAGUUCACAUAUGCAGUGGUAAAGAUCUGUAGAUGAAAAAUUUAUAUCUCUUUUAAUUUGUAAUACAGUAGAACCCAGGUAACUCACACUCAGUGACUCAAACUCCCCGCUAACUUGAACUUAGUCCCAUUUCCUUUGGAUUUAACCCCACUUGUCAGUCAUUUUUACAUGGUGAACUCGAACACAGAUAAUGAACUCCCAGUUAACUUGAAGUAAAUGUCUUUUCCUUUGAUCAAAAUUUACCUCGAUAACUUAAAUUCUGGUUGUUUCAACUCACACCCAUGCUCGCCCAUGUGUUACAGGGUUAUACUAUAGUAUUGUAUUUCUUUUAAAUUGUGUUGCACCACUUUUUUUAUUACUCUGUUUCUUUGUGGAAAUACAACUUUAUAUGUGUUAAAUUUGAAAUAAAGUUUAAAAUGACGCACAGCUUCUCUUUGACAAAAUCUUAAUAAAUUUUGUUACUUAGAAAAGAAGAGUACAAAUGACUCCAGAACAGACAAGUGAUUUCUAUGCUGAACACUAUGGAAAGAUGUUCUUCCCAAGUCUUGUAGCAUACAUGAGUAGUGGGCCUGUCUUAGCUCUAGUGUUAGCAAGGCAGUCUGCUAUUUCUUACUGGAGACAGUUAAUUGGACCAACUAACACACAGAAAGCAAGAGAUCAGGCACCAGAAAGGUAUUGCAAUAUUAUGACUUGUAGUGUUGUUGCUCUCUUUCGCCAUGGAACACUUGAAAAACACAUGUACUGUAAUUUAUUACAUACAAUGUACACAGGUAACCACAUGAUGUAAAGUCUAAUUUGGAAUCAAUCAAUCAAUCAAUCUUUAUUUGCUCUUUCACAUACUAGUUACAGAAUAAUAUAAGAUAAUUUUAUAUCUGGGCAGGAGCUCUCAGCAAACCCUUUUGGGCUUUACGAGGAGAGCCCCUGAACAAGUUUACUACAAUGAUUUCAUUAUAAAUUAACCCAAGUAGUUUUUUUUAAGGAGGUAACAAAAUUGCAUGAACCCAGGAAGUGUGCAUGAUUCAGAGCUUUUCAAAAAACUAGAAUUACUUUUAAUUAUCCAAAUGAAAAUAUUGCACAUAAAAAUCAUGUUAUGUCUUAUUACUGGUAAUAAUAAUAUUAGUGAAAAAAUUGCUAAUAGCUUACAGAUAUAAUUUAUGGUCCAUAAAGUGAAUUGCAAUUUCCGAAAACACAAAGUGCAGGAAAAUGUAUUUAAUUCAGUACUGGAAGAAGGAAGUCAAAUGCAUAUUACAUUAAUUUUUUUUCCUUCCACUUAAUUUUUUCCACACGAUGGGUGCAGCAUUUACCUCUUACAGAGGUAGACGGGUGCAGCAUUUACCUCUUACAGAGGUCAAUGCUGCACCCAUCCCCCAUGGUAAUCAGUUUUUACAAUUGUAUUCAAGGACUUGCACAGCCUUUACAAUGUAUGAGUGACAACUUUACUAAAAACUAAUGUUUAGAAUUAUUUAAAGGUUUCUACACGUACUUUGUUCUCUUUUAGCUUAAGAGCUGUCUAUGGUACAGACAGCACCAAAAAUGCUCUUCAUGGUAGUGACAGCUAUUCCAGUGCUGAGAGAGAAAUACAUUUCUUCUUUCCUGACAGUAAGUGCCAUGUAUGACAUUACCAACACUGCAUGUAACAGUUAACAAUUUUAUUAAUGAAUGAGGUUAAGUGUCUUAUGAAGAAUUAUGGAGAUCUCGGAGGGUGUUAUCCACCUCAGCCUACGGCCUCAACAGAUGACACCCUCCUCAAUCUCCAUAAUUCUUCAUAUGAUACGAAAGCCGAAUUCAAUAAUUGUUUUAUUAUUCAUUCAAAAUAAUUCCUAGUUUAGAAACAAAAAAACAUGCUUACCUCCAUCGAUGUUAAGUUCACCUUCGACAGUGCACGUUUAGGGUUGUUUGGCUCCACAAAUAUUUUCCAAUUAGCAGAUGUCACCCUUCAAAUUGUGUUCUUGCUGUUCUUGCUAUGUUUUUAGCUAUUAUUUCACCUAGUUCUUACCCUUGAAGCGAGUGAAAUGUCCACCAGUUUUGUUUUCACAAUCAAAACAACUUAACCUCAUCCCCAGGUCUUCUCGCUUAACAGUGCAUUAACCUGCAAGAAUGCUGCGUUUUUUAUGUCAUUUCCUCGUUAAGCACAAAAUUCUUCCAAAUUUGGUUAUCAGUAACUGGUUAUGGUGAAUUAUGCUUGUGCUUUUAGCCAAUCAGAAUCGGGGAAAUAUUUUGAAUGAAUAGUAAUGAAUGUUAAUAUAUGAGUUAAUGUUGCACCUUUACCAGUUGUAAAAAUUUAAAAUAAUUCAUUUAACCAUGAUUUGUUGAGACUGAGUGUAUAAAAAUGGUUGACAUAAUUUGUUGUGAUAGAGUGUUUUUCUGUAAGCUUACACUCAGUUUUCUGAAGCUUCAAUUGAGUUACAUGAUUGAGGACCAGAGUCAUUUCAGAAUAACAGUCAUAUAGAACUGACCCUCUCAUGUAGAAGAUUUAUCAGGUAGUGCUUGCACCCUACAUCAUUAAAAUAUUUUGAAACUCCCAUACUGGUACGUCUACCAACGGCCACCUCUGUACAAGGGCUACCUUUGUCUGUCCCGGCGGACAUAAAAUCCAUACAUUGACUCUUGUUUAAAACCUCUCUACAACGUCUCCUCUGUCCCCAAGGUGGCUGUUAUAGAGAGGUUCAACUGUAUUCUUCUUUGUCAUAUUAAUUCAAUCAUUAAUUUGCUCUAUGAAAAGUGCACAGCAUAGAUUCUAACCUGCAGAAAAUGUAAACCUUGUAGGUGUUGUGGAACCUGUUGCAACAGGCCAAGCAGCAAAAGACUACCUGACAAGAACAGUAACUCCAACAUUACUAAAAGGACUUACAGAACUAUGUAAGAAGAAACCAGCCGAUCCAAUAGUAAGCUGUGAUUUUUGUUCUUGAUGUAUGCAACUAUUAAUCAUAGCCAAAUGUGAAAAUCUUGCUUCUUAAGCUAGCCUAAGAUAAUAAUCUGUCAAUUUUCUUGUGGAAACUUAGAAUCUUGGACAAAAAGUGUUAAGAGUUUGGCUCUCUUACCCACAGGAUGCCCAAGUGGUGGAUUUUGCAACACAGUGACCCCUCCUCCCACCCCACCCUAAUCAUUGUUUUGUGUGGAUAAAGGGGGUAGAAAGUAGAAGUGCUUUAAGAAGCUGUAUUCUAAAAUUAGAAAACAUGGAACGUGCAUUUUUCUUGCCCAAGAUUGUUAUUAAUGUACUAAAGUUUUGUUUUAUCAACAGAUCUGGUUAGCAGACUGGUUAAUAGUGAACAAUCCCAACAAACCUAGAGUACAGGAAGGAGACUACAUUGUUGAAGAGCCAGAUGACUGAUGUUUUCUAUACACCUACGAUGUGCAUUCAAUUCAUUUUGUACUGUCUCGUGACUUGUAAAUAUACCGUAGUUAGGUCAUUACCUUUUCGUUUUAAAAUAAGAAUUUUUCUUCGACCUCAUUCAACUAAAAAUGUGGGGAAAAGUAAUUCUGUUGACUGAAAGGUAUUGAGUAUACUUUUGAAUCUUUCAUAUGUAGGCGGUCCGGCAUAUACACAUAUAACUUUUUUUAUGCAACACUGUUACAAGUGUUUUCUCGCAGCACGUAUGUAAAGACUAAGGAAAGAUGUAUAUAGCUAUAUAAAGUGCUCUUUCAACUCAAUCUUGCCUUAUUCUUAUUUUCUUGUUACUGUUAGGAGCAAUUUUCUUUUAAAUUCAAAUGUGUAAAAAACACCUUUAAAAAAAUCUCAACAAAAUAUUGGACAUUUGCUAACCAUAGUUAAUAGAUUGGAAUGGUUAUGAAACCUGUCAGACUCCUUUGUUUUAUGUUUUUUGUGGACCUGACGGUGCACAACGUUCAGUAGCAUUCCUAGCAUUUUGAUCUUGUUAACCAAUAAAAACGUCCCAUUAAUUUAUUGCGUCACAUUUCACCAACAGAAAACAAAGGAUUGUGCACCUUCAGGUAGCUUCCAACAUAAUCUGCAGCAACGUUGUUUUCAUUUUUGAUGUUUGUUGUCUUUCAUAACCAGACGUGAUGCCGGCACUAACCAAUUCAAUUCAAUUCAAUUCUUUAUUCACACUAUAUAAGAUAUUUACAUAAGUGUACGUAGGUACGAAAAUAAAGUAGCUGACAAAUAUUAAUUAUUUAAAAGACAUUAAGUUCAUUUGUGUACGGUGUCCAAAGUAGCAAGAUCUUUCUUGUUGGACUCGUGAUUAUCUUUUUUUUGCAUUUCAAAUGUGAUAAAUAAAGUGCAAAACUAUGCAAUAGAAAAUAACGAUAAGAAAUCUGCUCGUUGAACUAGCACACUGUUUUUCCUUGCAUGACAAUCAACGAGUAGUGC